GUCAUUCAAUGUGGCCUUUGUUUUUAUUGGGUAUUAUUGGAGUGGUUUCUGCUGGAAUUCCAGGCACAAAUGGAGAUAUUCGUCAGCCAAAUUUUCAGAAAGAGCUCAUGGAUGAAGCCAAGGUAUAUCUCUUCAAAUUCGGUUACAUGAUUCCUGAACCACACCAAAAUGUAAAAACAAUUCAAGAGCCAAGUGAAAAACAGACAAAAGAUGCUCUUAUUCGCUUCCAAUCUGCAUUCCUCUAUUAUUCAUCAGGAGAUGUUGAUGUUCCAACUCAAGCAAAAAUGAACGAAUGGAGAUGUGCUAAUAAUGAUAUGGAUAAGGGACAACCAAUUCCACCAGCUUCGAAAAAAGAGUUAUGGACGAAGAAAUCACUGACCUACAAAGUGGUAAACACUCCAAAUACUCUUUCUCAAGCACAAAUAAGAUCUGCCGCCCAUGAAGCAUUUGAACAAUGGACCAGAGCCAGUGGUUUCAAAUUUGUGGAAACAACUGGAGCAACCCCAGAUAUAACAAUCACCUUCUACGAUGUCCCACAAAGCAAUUUGAGAAUUGCUGGAAGUGCAUCAAAACCAGUGAACAGUCAUAUCAUUCUUGAUAAAAAUCAGGAAUGGGCAUACAAGUCACAAGCCCCAAUGGGAAUCUCUCUUUAUCAUACGCUUCUUCACGAAAUUGGACACAUUUUGGGUUUGCCACACACUUUUUAUAGAGGAUCUAUCAUGCACCCAAUUUUCAAGCCAGUCCUCCUCCCCCACGGUACAGUUGACACAGUUCCAAAUGUUGAUCGUCUAGCGAUUCGAAAGAUUUAUGGACUUUCAUCCGUCGAUCAUUCAACUCCGUCGUCAGAUGUUGAUCGUUCAAAAUGCCCAAAGCAUCUUGACUCUGUUGUUGCUAUAAACGACCAAGAAUGGCUCUUCUUCCGUUCCAACAAAGUGUACAAACUCAACAAUCGAAAGUUCGUUGACUCGGGUCGCCCAAUUCAACAAGUGUUCCCACGUGGCCCACAAUUUGUCAACGCCACUGUGUCAUCUGGACCAUUGACUCUUUUGUUCGUGGAACGAACUAUUUAUGGAUAUGAAUACGAUGGAGUGCAGUUUACGGAAGCUCCAAAUUAUCCAAAAGAACUUCACGAUCGUGUUCUCUUCUACCCACAGGGAGCAUUCCCACUGAAUAAUGGGAGUGUCAUUCUUUUGUCGGGUAACGUGUUUGCUACCUACAAUGUGCAACAGAAUGCUCCAUCAUUCUUGAACGACAAAAAUCGAUAUUUCCCAAAUUUGCCAGAAGAUAUCAAAAGUGGAAUUGAAAAGACUCAAGGGUUCACUGAUGCAUAUUAUAUGUUUGAUGAGGCUACGGUCUCCGACUACGAUAUGAACUCAAAGCAGGUUCUCCAGUUGCAAAACAUUCCAGACUUUUUGAAAUGUACUUAAUGAUAAUUUCCAUGUAUAAAUUGAAUAUGUUGUCCCAUGUACUACUAAUAAAUGAAAAAUGUUUUUAUUUAC